AUGAAUAAAGCUGUCAUUUACAUCAUCUUAGGACUCAUCCCAGGUUUAACCAAAGCAGCUGGUGUGUUACCAGAUGUUUUGAACACAGCUGUAGGAGACACUGUGAUAUUUGAAACAUCACUGGAUCCAACACAAACACCAUUUCAAACAAUAAUAUGGAACUUUGAUGAACUUCCCGUGCCCAUUUUCAUCUCUACUACGAACAAAACUGCACCAGGGUAUGAAGACAGACUCACCGUCUUCAUGUCUACUGGGUCUCUGGAGCUCAGAAAUGUGUCUCUGUUUGACACUGGAAGGUAUAAUGUUAACAUUUUAAUACAAGAUGGAAAUGUGAUGCCUGGAUCCACGAUGCUGAAUGUAUACGAACGUGUCUCAGCUGUCAGUGUAACUUCCAGUAGUUCAGUUUUGGUGGAGUUGAACAGCUCUGUCCAUCUGUCCUGCUCCUCCUCUGGAUCCUUCCUCUCUUUCCGCUGGUUCAACGGCAGCUCUGAGGUCACAGCCAGUGACAGAGUUCAGAUCACUGAUGGAGGAUCCAGCAUGACCAUAGUCACCAUGACCCUAUAUGACGAGGGACCGUUCAGGUGCCAUGUAUCCAACGCCAUCAGUAAUGACAGCAGUGAUCCACUGGUCAUUGUAAGCGGUAUACAGUACCACAUACUAAAGUCAAGUUACCAGCUUGGACACCAGUGA